GAGCGGGAGCUCUGUGUUCCUAUUUGCAGACUUCCGGAGGCGGGGGUCAUUCAGAGCACCACGCUGUGAGCGGUCGCGCAGAGUGGAAGGUUUUGGAAGGAGGAGAUAUCCGCCAGCGAUUCGACCUGUGAGCGGUCGCGCAGAGUCGAAGGUUUUGGAAGGAGCAGAUACCCGCCAGCGAUUCGACGGAGGAGAGCCACCAAAGGACUGCACGCUCUGAGGACUGAGGUAAAGCUUGUCAACUCCCGCGGUCUUUCGCAAAAGUUUCUUGCGGGCAUGGAUCGGUUCGGGAACUACAAGAACUACCAGACAAGGCGCUAUGAGGAUGGAGACGACGAUGCAAAGCAAAUGCUGAGGCCCUGGGAAGUCCCCAAAGGAGACUGGUUCCCCUCUGACUUCAUCGUUGGCGCUGCCACUUCAGCAUACCAGAUUGAAGGUGGUUGGAAUGAAGGUGGAAAGGGGCCAAGCACAUGGGAUCACUUCUGCCACAGUUUUCCAUCUUUGAUAGCGGACGGGAGCAAUGGGGACGUUGCAGCAAAUUCAUACCACAUGUACCAUGAGGAUGUAAGGUUGAUGAAGGAAAUAGGGUUGGAUGCCUAUAGGUUCUCCGUCUCUUGGUCCAGAAUACUGCCAAAGGGGACGCUCGAAGGAGGUAUUAAUCAGGAUGGCAUCAACUACUACAAAAAACUCAUCAACUUGUUGCUAGCGGAGGGCAUAGAGCCAUUUAUAACAAUUUUCCACUGGGACACGCCUCAAGCACUGGUAGACAAGUACGGUGGCUUUUUAGAUCGGAGGAUUGUAAAAGAUUACACAGAUUUCGCUAUGGUGUGCUUCGAGAACUUCGGUGACAAAGUGAAAAAUUGGUUGACAUUUAACGAGCCCCAAACGUUUUCUUCUUUUUCCUAUGGAAUCGGGUUGUGUGCCCCAGGGCGGUGCUCCCCAGGACAAAAAUGUGCUAACCCAAUUGGAAACUCACUUAUCGAGCCAUACAUUGUUGGUCACAACCUUCUCCUAGCCCAUGCUGAGGCUGUUGAUCUUUACAACAAGCAUUACAAGGAUGAGAACGGACGUAUAGGGAUUGCAUUUGAUGUAAUGGGUCGAGUGCCAUACGAAAAGUCAGCGUUUGUGGAUCAACAGGCACAAGAAAGGUCCUGGGACAUUAACCUAGGAUGGUUCUUGGAGCCAUUGGUUCGUGGUGACUACCCCUUCUCCAUGAGAUCGUUGGUGAGGGAUCGACUACCCUUCUUCACCGUCGAAGAGCAAGAAAGGCUAGUGGGUUCCUAUGACAUGCUGGGGUUAAACUACUAUACCGCAAGGUUCUCCAAACACAUUGAUAUCUCUCCAAACUACUCACCGGCGCUCAACACUGACGAUGCCUAUGCUAGCCAAGAAACGUAUGGGCCUGACGACAAACCCAUUGGUCCUUGGAUGGGGAAUCCGUGGAUCUACAUGUACCCUGAUGGCCUAAAGGAUCUCCUUAUGAUCAUGAAGAACAAAUACGGAAACCCACCCAUCUACAUCACUGAGAAUGGGAUGGGUGACGUUGACAAUGGCGACCUACCCAUGGAAGAUGCCUUGAAUGACCAGAAAAGGAUAAAUUACCUCCAGCGCCACAUCGCAGUUAUUAAGGACUCAAUGGAAUUGGGGGCAGAUGUGCGGGGCUACUUCGCUUGGUCUCUGGUGGACAACUUUGAAUGGACCGCGGGCUACACCGAACGUUACGGCAUAGUCUACGUUGACCGUAAUGACGGCUACAAACGCUACAUGAAGAAGUCAGCCAAGUGGUUGAAAGAGUUCAACACUGAGAAGGCUGGCAGCGCCUAAUGAUGUGCCAUGCAUAAAAGACCGGGUCUGUGUGAUUUGAAUUCUAUAUUUUUAUUUGCACCUCCACAGGAGGUAGUGGAGUCAUGUUCUCCAACACCGUAUAUUGUUCCAGUUCACUGUUACCGUAUUAUGUAAUAAAUGAAGUGAUCAAUUUCUCUGUUUCAAUAUCUGUAAUGUUGAAUUGGAUGAUA